CCAAGAGACUGCAUGAGACAGCUUUGUUUGGCUGCCAGAAGCCUUCACAGAGCCUUCUCUACCGCACUCGAUAACCCACUCAACUACGAUUUCAAUUACAACUUCAGCGAAAAUUUCAUAGCCAAGCACCAAAAGCGGUUGUUUCAGUGGAACACAUCACUUUUAGAAGCACAGAGACGUCGUGUUCAACAUGGACAAAAACAUCGAGCAAAUAUAGACCGAUGCUUAUCAAGGCUGAAAGCAGCCCUCGAGAAUCAGAGGCGAAGUGUUGUACCCAUUGGAAGCAGUGUAAAUGGUCUACAUGGAAAAAGUUCAGACCUAGAUCUGGUUGUUAUAACAGACAACAAUGAUGCACAACGACAAGAUUUCUGUGAGAAAUUUGGUCGUAGCGAGCGUUUUCGGAGGCAUCAAAUGGGCAUUAUCACUGCAGCCCUUAGGAAAGCUGAUCUGAUCGAACUUGCAUCAGUUCAACAAAUCUUGUUCUCCGUGAAUGUCGAUUUUUUGUGCGAAUCGAACAAAGUCUAG